UCAGGGUUUAUAAGCUUUAAGUCUCAGAGGAGAAGGAUUCACAAGGAAGGAUUUGUAUGUGUGUCUUAAAAGUGGCAAAUCAGGAAGAUAACGUUGGCAAAAAAGCCGAGUCUACUAGAGAUGAUGAUCAUCGGACGUUAUCUGAAAUCGAUCAAUGGCUUUACUUAUACGCGGCCGAAGACGACCACCUCCGUCAUAACUUCGCUACGCAGCCGCCUCCUCCAUCGUCGUCCUCGUCCUCAUCUCUUAUGUCUGGUUUCAGUAGAGAGAUGGAGAUGUCUGCAAUCGUCUCUGCUUUGACUCACGUUGUUGCCGGAAAUGUUCCUCAGCAUCAACAAGGAGGUGGUGAAGGUAGCGGAGAAGGGACUUCCAAUUCCUCUUCUUCCUCGGGACAGAAAAGGAGGAGAGAGGUGGAGGAAGGUGGUGGCAAAGCCGUUAAGGCUGCUAAUACUUUGACGGUUGAUCAAUAUUUUUCCGGUGGUAGUUCUACUUCUAAAGUGAGAGAAGCUUCGAGUAACAUGUCAGGUCCGGGCCCAACAUACGAGUACACAACUACGGCAACUGCUAAUAGUGAAACGUCGUCGUUUAGUGGGGACCAACCUCGGAGAAGAUACAGAGGAGUUAGACAAAGACCUUGGGGAAAAUGGGCGGCUGAGAUUCGAGAUCCGUUCAAAGCAGCUAGAGUUUGGCUGGGUACGUUCGACAAUGCUGAAUCAGCAGCAAGAGCUUACGACGAAGCUGCACUUCGGUUUAGAGGCAACAAAGCCAAACUCAACUUCCCUGAAAACGUCAAACUCGUUAGACCUGCUUCAACCGAAGCACAACCUGUGCCCCAAACCGCUGCUCAAAGACCGACCCAGUUAAGGAACUCGGGUUCUACAACUACCCUUUUGCCCAUACUACCUGCUUCAAAUCAAACCGUUUAUUCGCAGCCGCUGAUGCAAUCGUACAACUUGAGUUACUCUGAAAUGGCUCGUCAACAACAACAGUUUCAGCAAUAUCAUCAACAAUCUAUGGAUUUAUAUGAUCAAAUGUCGUUUCCGUUGCGUUUCGGUCACACCGAAGGUUCAAUGAUGCAAUCUACGUCGUCAUCAUCAUCUCAUUCUCGUCCUCUGUUUUCCCUGACUGCUGUUCAGCCGCCGCCAGAAUCAGCUAGCGAAACCGGUUACCUCCAGGAUAUACAAUGGCCAUCAGACAAGACAAGUAAUAACUACAAUAAUAGUCCAUCCUCCUGAUGACUUGCUUCAUUUUUAUUUGUUUCACUAUAGAGUAAUAGGAAAAAAAAACGAUUAUAUGUUAUAGGGUUACUUUUCCCCAAAUAUUAUAGGGUUUAGGUUUGUAUUGUUUUGCUUUCAUCCUCGCAUGUGUUCUUUUUAAAUUUUUAAUAUAUUUUUGCAUUAUAA